UCCUCUGGUCAUUAAAGGCAGCUCAGGACCUGGGAGGGCCGCCGCCACACCUCAGGCUCUGUCAGUGCUAAAACAUUGUAUUUUCUUGUCGUAUCUUUAUACACAGCGAAAAAUGACUGGCGGUUUAUAAAUAUCUGCAUCUAGACAUCAGGUGAAGACGUUGUAGGAGUCUCCUGUUUUCAGGGCGAGGAGGAGGAGGACGGGGCAUAGCAACAAGAGACCCCAGCUGCAGGACACGCAUAGCAACAUGGCCGGGUGUGGAGAAGUGAAUCUGUCUGUGAACACCCCAGCUCCCUCCAAGCUUAAAGAAGAUGCAGAAGACGAGUCUUGCAGUUCCACCGCCACCGCUGCUGUACCACCGGAGUGCGCCAUCUGCCUGCAGACCUGCGUCCACCCUGUCCGUCUCCCCUGCUGCCAUGUCUUCUGUUUUCUGUGCGUGAAAGGCGCCUCCUGGCACAGCAAGCGCUGUGCUCUCUGUCGACAGGAAAUCCCAGAGGACUUCCUGGAGCGCCCGGUCCUGCUCUCCCUCGAGGAACUGAAAGCUGCGGCCGCUGGUUUACACCGCGGUGCGAGCGAGUCGCGUGGAGACUACACGUGGUACUACGAGGGGCGCAACGGCUGGUGGCAGUACGACGAGCGCACCAGCCGAGAGCUGGAGGAGGCCUUCAUGAAGGGCAGGAAGAGCACCGAGAUGCUGAUUGCAGGGUUCCUUUACGUGGCGGAUCUGGAGAAUAUGGUGCAGUAUCGGCGGAACGAGCACGGCCGCCGGCGCAAGAUGAAGAGGGACGUAGUUAAUAUCCCUAAGAAGGGCGUGGCAGGAUUGAGACUGGACUCUGAGCCUGUCUCCGUCACCGCUUUACCAGCGGCGGUCUCUGCUACAGCAGAGCGUGUGAGCUCAGCUGAUGGCUCUGACUCCGCAGGUCAGUCCCAGCCUUCAUCCUUCGGGAUUUUGGUUCCUCUUCCUCCUGUCAGACCUCAAACACUCCUCGGACGUCAUCUCGGCAGUCCUCUGUCUCCUUCACCGUCGCCUCUGGAACAGUCUUUCUCUCAGCUGCUAAUCAGCCAGCCAGAGGGCGAAGAGCUGGAAGGAGACGGCGAGCUGCAGACGUACGAGUCUGCAUCAGGGAGCAGCGAGAGUGAAGAGGAGGAGGAAGACAGUGAGAGGAGAGGAGAGUCCGAGGAGCGACGGAGACGCACACUGAGGCCGCUAAGGGAGAACCAGCCAACCAGAGUUCCUCCGAGAGGCAUGCCGUCCAGCUCUGGCCUCAGCCUCCGCUCGCGCAGUCCUGAUGGACAGUGCACCGUUACAGAAGUGUAGCUCACCGGAGGGGUUUCCAUUUCAUAAGACUCGUAUCAGCUCAGCAAAAAAAUGUCUGAAGAUGCAAAUCAUCUCAAAGGUCCGAUUAAAAGGAGAAAUACUGCUGCUUUAUUGUGAUAAUGUGCCAAAUAUGAUUUUUUUUGUGUCCGUCUAUUUUUUACGUUGAAAUAAUAAGUGGAUUCAAUUUAGCCUGUCUGCUGAAGCUUUACAACAAAAAUAAUUAGCAGUAGGUAAGAUAAAAUUAGAAGAAACAUUUAAAAGGACACAAAUGACGUGUUGAAGCCUUUUCCAUUACAGAAACAUAAGCGGCAAGAAAAGGGCUGUUUUCUUAGACAUAUAAAAUAACCUGAUUUUAUUACAGAUGGAUGAUUCAACAGCUCCUGGACAGAUGCUGGAACUCUGAUGUAUCCAACCCCAGUUCUGUGCUGGUGACGGCAAAAAUAGAUGGUUUUAAUUCCUUUAAUAUUGAAUCUUCAGGCUGCUUAAUGGUUGGAUGCGUUAAACUAUUCAAUCUUCUCUUCAAACAGCCUCUUUCUGCUUCUGUCCCCCUCCAUCCUACAUUUUCUUUCUUCCUUUAUAUCUUCCGUUGCUUUAUUGUAAAUGCUAAAUAAUCCACUAAUAAUUCACAGGAGUUCCAGCAUAUAUUUAUGAUCUGUAAAGCAGACCCCCCGGUUUUGCUCUUGGCUCAUGUAGAGACAUUUAUCGUUUUGGUGAGUUUAAUUUUUUCUGCAAUGCAAACACAAAACGUAUUUUCAAGUCAAACCAUGCCUCUUCUCACAAAUCUUUUUAGCUCAGUGAUUUUUAUAUUUUUUAUUAUUAUUUUUUUUUUAGCUGAUAACUUUAAUCAUUUUUUUGCUUUCAGUUUCUGGGUGAUGAAGUGAAAAUGAAGCCAAAAUGUAGCAACUUGCAUCUGCACUGCGGAUGGUUAACAGCUUUUUUUUCUUUCACGUUGCACUUAUUUUUCAUUUUUAAACGUCGGUACUCAGGACGUGAUCUGCUGAAACUGAAACAGGAGGUUAUAUAAACGUGACAUGUGCGAGAGCAGAGGGAGGCUGUAUUCCCUCUAUUUUAGUGUCUUGUUUUAAUUAUCGACUGUUGGUGCCGCUGUGAACAGCGCUGGGUGCUGAAAAGCUACUGGCAGAUCCACUGGAAAGUUUUUGUUUCUGUGUUCAGGAGCACACAUUUGGGUUUCUAUUUUUGACUGAGCACUCCUAACAGAGUCACUAUCAAAGCAGCUGCACUGACAUAUUCUUGGAUGAGUUUGGCCUGUUUACUCUCUCGCUCUGGUUCUUUUCCCUUUUCUUCCUGCUGGUUUUGGUCGUCUUUUCUCAGUUGGACUCUGUGUGUGUGUGACUGCCUUUUUUUUUCUCUUCAUUUGUGUUGUGUUUCUCUAGUGAUGUGUUGUGAAGCUAUUAAAGUGUUAAUGACUUAAAACUA